AUGGCAGGGCCCCACGGCCUCCUCCUGCUCUGCCUCCUGGCCUUCUGUCUGCCACCACUGAGCUUCGUCAGGGGGCAGAAGGCGCGGUCCAAACGCUGUGACAUGAAGACCAAGUUUGUCACCCACACCCCCUGCACCCCAUGCGUCGCUGUCAAGAGGCGGGUGUGUCCCCCAGGCUGGCUCCGGCAGUUCCCUGAGAAGAUAUCACAGGACUGCCGCUAUGAGGUGCAGCUGGGGGACUCCUUGCUGCCCAUGAGUGGCUGCAGCCUGGAAUGCUGGAAGGAGGUGACGCAGAAGGCCUGCUGCCCCGGCUACUGGGGGUCCGAGUGCUACGAGUGCCCUGGGGGUGCUGAGACCCCAUGCAACGGCCGUGGAAACUGCCUGGAUGGCAUGGCCAGGAACGGGACCUGCGUGUGCCAGGAAGGCUUCAGCGGCUCAGCCUGUCAAGAGUGCCGAGACCCCAGCCGGUUCGGGCCAGACUGCCAGUCGGUGUGCAGCUGUGUGCAUGGUGUAUGCAGCCAUGGGCCGCAUGGAGACGGAAGCUGCCUGUGCUUUGCUGGAUACACCGGCCCCCGCUGUGACCAAGAGCUGCCAGUCUGCCAGGCCCUGCGUUGCCCCAAGAACUCCCAGUGCUCCAAAGAGUCCCCCACCUGCCGCUGCCUGCCCGGCUACACCCAGCAGGGCAGCGAAUGCCAAGUCCGUGAUCCCUGCCGGCCACUGUCACCCUGCGCCCCGCUGGCCCAGUGCUUGGUGAGCCCCAUGGGGCAGGCACAGUGUCACUGCAGAAAAGGCUACCACGGUGACGGGAUGGUGUGUCUGCCCCAGGACCCGUGCACCACCAACAACGGGGGCUGCCCCAGCAACUCCACCUUGUGCACGUACCAGAGGCCAGGCGUGGCCUCCUGCUCGUGUAAGCCCGGCCUGAUCAGCUUCAACCACAACGCCUCCGCCGGCUGCGUCGCCUUCUGCUUCCCCCACUCCUGUGACCGGUCAGCCACCUGCCAGGUGACCCUCGAUGGGAAGAUCAGCUGUGUAUGCAAGGAGGGCGAGGUGGGGGAUGGGCGUGCCUGCUACGGACAUCUGCUCCAUGAGGUUCGAAAGUCCAGCCAGGUGGGCCUGGUGUUCCUGCGUCUGAGAACCGCCCUCGACAUGCUGGACCAGGGCUGCCGGGAGCUCCUCACCACUGCGGGACCGUUCACCGUGCUUGUGCCGUCCGUCAUCCCCUUCUCCAAGAGCAUGAACGCGUCCCUUGCCCAGCAGCUCUGCAGACAGCAUGUCAUCGCAGGCCAGCACGUGCUGGAAGAGGGGGGCCCACAGACACGCAGGUGGUGGACGCUGGCUGGGCAGCUCAUUACUGUCACCUUCAACCGCUUCAUGCACAAAUACACCUACACAUACGAUGACCAGCCCCAGAGGAAACUCAGCAUCCAUAGGCCCAACUACCCAGCCGCCAAUGGUGUCUUCCACAUGGUCACCACCCUGAGAUCAGAGCCCCCCUCAGGGGUUCCUGGGGACCCCGAGAGAACUAUCGGCAAGAUCCUCGCCUCCACUGAGGCUUUCAGCCGCUUUGAGACCAUCCUGGAGAACUGUGGGCUGCCCUCCAUCCUGGACGGGCCUGGGCCCUUCACAGUCUUUGUCCCAAGCAACGAGGCCGUGGACAGCUUGCGUGACGGCCGCCUCAUCUACCUCUUCACAGAAGGUCUGUCCAAACUGCAGGAGCUGGUGAGGUACCACAUCUACAACCACGGCCAGAUGACCACGGAGAGGCUCAUCUCCAAGGGUCGGGUCCUCACCAUGGCAAACCAGGUCCUGGUCGUGAACAUCUCUGAGGAGGGACGCAUCCUGCUGGGACCUCAGGAGGUCCCACUGCGGCAAGUGGAUGUGCUGGCUGCCAACGGCGUGAUCCACGUGCUGGAGGGUGUCCUGCUGCCCCCAACCAUCCUGCCCAUCCUGCCCAAGCACUGCAAUGAGGAGCAGCACAAGAUAGUGGAGGGCUCCUGUGUGGACUGCCAAGCCCUGAACACCAGCACGUGUCCCCCCAACAGCAUAGAGCUGGACAUCUUCCCCAAGGAGUGUGUCUACAUUCACGACCCUGCUGGGCUCAAUGUCCUGAAGAAGGGCUGCGCCCGCCACUGCAACCAGACCAUCAUGAAACCUGGUUGCUGCAAAGGGUUUUUUGGACCUGACUGUGCGCAGUGUCCUGGGGGCUUCUCCAAUCCCUGCUACGGCAAAGGCAACUGCAGCGAUGGGGUCCAGGGCAAUGGGGCCUGCCUCUGCUUCCCAGACUACAAGGGCAUUGCCUGCCACAUCUGCUCCGACCCAAAGAAACAUGGAGACCACUGCCAGGAAGACUGUGGCUGUGUCCAUGGUCUAUGUGACAACCGUCCAGGCAGCAGGGGUGUGUGCCAGCAUGGCACGUGUGCCCCCGGCUUCAGUGGCCGCUUCUGCAAUGAGUCCAUGGGGGACUGUGGGCCCACAGGCCUGGCCCAGCACUGCCACCAGCAUGCCCGCUGCAUCAGCCAGGAGGGUGUCGCCAGGUGUGUCUGCCUUGAUGGCUUUGAGGGCGAUGGAUUCUCCUGUACACCCAGCAACCCCUGUGCCCACCCGGACCGUGGCGGCUGCUCAGAGAAUGCCGAGUGUGUCCCCGGAGCCCCAGGUACCUACAGCUGCACGUGCCAUGAAGGCUGGAGUGGGGACGGCCGGGUCUGCGUGGCCAUCGAUGAGUGCGAGCUGGACGCACGAGGCGGCUGCCACGCCGAUGCCCUCUGCAGCUACGUGGGCCCCGGGCAGAGUCGGUGUACCUGCAAGCUGGGCUUCGCCGGGGACGGCUACCUGUGCAGCCCCAUCGACCCCUGCCGGGUGGGCAAUGGUGGCUGCCAUGACCUGGCCACCUGCCGGGCAGUGGGAGGAGGUCAGCGGGUCUGCACAUGCCCCCUUGGCUAUGGGGGUGACGGCUUCAGCUGCUAUGGAGACAUCUUGCGGGAGCUGGAGGCAAACGCCCACUUCUCUGUUUUCUCCCAGUGGAUCAAGAGCGCCGGCGUCACCCUUCCUGCCGACAGCCGCGUCACAGCCCUGGUGCCCUCUGAAUCUGCCAUCCGCAGCUUGAGCGCCAAGGACCGGGCUUUCUGGCUGCAGCCGAGGAUGCUGCCGCAGCUGGUCAGGGCCCAUUUUCUCCAAGGUGCCCACUCUGAGGAGGAGCUGGCCCGGCUGGGUGGGCAGGAUGUGGCCACCCUGAACCCCACCACACGCUGGGAGAUUCACAACGUUAGUGGGAGGGUCUGGGUGCAGAAUGCCAGUGUGGAAGUGGCUGACCUCCUUGCCACCAAUGGUGUCCUGCACAUCCUCAGCCAGGUCUUACUGCCUCCACUCGGGGACGUGCUACAGGGACAGGGGUUAUUGCAGCAGCUGGGCUCUGUGCCAGCCUUCAGCCUCUUCCAGGAGCUGCUGCAGCGCCACAGGCUGGUGCCCCAGAUUGAGGCUGCCCCCGCCUACACCAUCUUCGUGCCCACAAACCGAUCGCUGGAGGCCCAGGGCAACAGCAGCAGCCUGGACGGGGACACAGUGCGACACCAUGUGAUCCUGGGGGAGGCGCUCUCCCUGGAAGACCUGAGGAGAGGGGGACACCGUAACUCCCUCCUGGGCCCCGCCCACUGGCUGGUCUUCUACAACCACAGUGGCCAGGCUGAGGUGAACCACAUGCCACUGGAAGGCCCCGUGCUGCAAGCCCCAGGCCGCUCACUGUUCGGCCUGUCUGGAGUCCUGACCGUGGGCUCAAGCCGCUGCCUGCACAGUCAUGCUGAGGCCCUGCGGGAGAAAUGCAUCAACUGCACCCGGAAAUUCCGCUGCACCCAGGGCUACCAGCUGCAGGACACCCCCAGGAAGAGCUGUCUCUACCGCUCUGGCUCAUCCUUCUCCCGGGGCUGUUCUUACACAUGCGCCAAGAAGAUUGAGGUGCCUGACUGUUGCCCCGGCUUCUUUGGCACACUGUGUGAGCCGUGCCCGGGGGGCCUGGGCGGUGUGUGCUCGGGCCACGGGCAGUGCCAGGACAGGCUCCUGGGCAGCGGGGAGUGUCGCUGCCAGGAGGGCUUCCACGGAACAGCCUGUGAGAUGUGUGAGCUAGGCCGCUAUGGGGCCAACUGUGCCGGAGUGUGUAACUGUGCCCACGGGCUGUGCCAGGAGGGGCUGAAUGGAGAUGGAAGCUGUGUCUGUAAUGUGGGCUGGCAGGGCCUCCGCUGUGACCAGAAAAUCACCAGCCCUCAGUGUCCAAACAAAUGCGACCCCAAUGCCAACUGCAUUCAGAACUUGGCUGGAGCCCCCGCCUGUGUCUGCGCCGCGGGAUACUCGGGCAACGGCACCCACUGUUCAGAGGUGGACCCCUGUGCCCAUGACCACGGGGGCUGCUCCCCCCAUGCCAACUGUACCAAGGUGGCACCUGGACAGCGGACAUGCACCUGCCAGGAAGGCUACACGGGCGAUGGGGAGCUGUGCCAGGAAGCUAACAGCUGUCUCAUCCGCCACGGGGGCUGCCACAUCCAUGCCGACUGUAUCCCCACGGGCUCCCAGCAGGUCUCCUGCAGCUGCCGGGAGGGUUAUAGUGGAGAUGGCAUCCGGACCUGCGAGCCCCUGGACCCCUGCUCCCAGCGCAAUGGAGGCUGCAGCCCCUAUGCAGUGUGCAAAAGCACGCGGGAUGGCCAGAGGACGUGCACCUGCGACGCAGCCCACACCGUGGGUGACGGAUUCACCUGCCGUGCCCGAGUUGGCCUGGAGCUCCUCCGGGACAGGCAUGCUUCAUUCUUCAUCCUCCACCUCCUGGAGUACAAGGAGCUCAAGGGUGACGGGCCGUUCACAAUCUUCGUGCCGCACUCGGACCUGCUGACCAACCUGACGCUGGAUGAGCUCGCCCGAAUUCGCGCACACCGCCAGCUCGUGUUCCGCUACCACGUGGUCGGCUGCCGGCAGCUGCGGAGCCAGGAGCUGCUGGACGCCGAGUACGUCACGGCGUUGUCUGGGCACCCGCUGCGCUUCAGCGAGAGGGAGGGCAGCAUAUACAUCAAUGACUUCGCGCGCGUCGUGAGCAGCGACCAAGAGGCGGUGAACGGCGUCCUGCACUUCAUCGACCGUGUCCUGCUGCCGCCUGACGUGCUGCACUGGGAGCCUGACGCUGCCCCAACCCCGCAGAGAAACGUCACCGCUGCUGCCGAGAGCUUUGGUUAUAGGAUCUUCAGUGGCCUCGUGAAGGUGGCUCGCCUCCUGCCUUUGCUUCAAGAUGUGUCCCAUAAACCGUUCACAAUGCUGUGGCCCACAGACUCCGCCCUGCGAGCCCUGCCCCCUGAGCGCCAGGCCUGGCUGUACCACGAGGCUCAUCGUGACAAGCUGGCAGCCAUUCUGCGGGGCCAUGUGAUCCACAAUGUCGAGGCCCUGGCAUCCGACCUGCCCAACCUGGGCCCACUCCGCACCAUGCAUGGGACCCCCAUCUCCUUCUCCUGCAGCCGCACCCGACCCGGUGAGCUCAUGGUGGGCGAGGAUGAUGCCCGCAUUGUGCAGCGGCACCUGCCCUUUGAGGGUGGCCUGGCCUAUGGCAUUGACCAGCUGCUGGAGCCACCAGGCCUUGGUGCCCGCUGUGACAGCUUUGAGACUCGGCUAGUGCAGAAGGCCUGCAGCAUCUGUGGACUGGAGCCACCUUGUCCUCAGGGCUGGAAGGAGCAGGGCAGCCCCGAGGCCUGCUGGCACUUCUACACGAAGUUCCGGCCACACUCUUCACUGCGCACCUGGGCACACAGCAGCUUCUGGGGGCGGCCCAGCCUCUGGGGCCAUCCCCAGGGCCUGGGCAGGGGCUGCCGCCGAAACUGUAUCACCACCACCUGGAAGCCCAGCUGCUGCUCCGGUCACUAUGGCAGUGAGUGCCGAGCAUGCCCCGGGGGCCCCAGCAACCCCUGUGGUAACCAUGGUGUGUGCUUGGACGGCAUGAGCGGCAGCGGGCAGUGCAGGUGCCACUCGGGCUUCACUGGGACAGCGUGUGAACUCUGUGCCCCUGGUGCCUUUGGGCCCCGUUGUCAAGCCUGCCACUGCAGCUCCCAUGGCCGUUGUGAUGAGGGCCUUGGGGGCUCUGGCGCCUGUUUCUGUGAUGAGGGCUGGACUGGGCUCCGCUGUGAGGUGCAGCUGGAGCUGCAGCCUGUGUGCACCCCACCCUGCGCUCCCCAGGCCGUGUGCCGUGAGAAUAACAGCUGCGAGUGCAGCCUUGGCUACGAAGGGGACGGCCGUGAGUGCACAGUGGCGGACCUGUGCCAGGAUGGGCGUGGCGGCUGCAGUGAGCAUGCCAACUGCAGCCAGGUGGGCACAGUGGUCACCUGCACCUGCCUGCCUGACUAUGAGGGUGAUGGCUGGAUCUGCCAGGCCCGCAACCCCUGUGAAGACGGCCACCGUGGGGGCUGCAGUGAGCAUGCCGACUGCCUGAGCACCGGCCCGAACACCCGGCGCUGUGAGUGCCACGCUGGUUACGUGGGUGAUGGGCUGCAGUGUCUGGAGGAGGCCGAGUCGCCCGUAGACCGCUGCCUGAUCCGGCCCCGACCCUGUCACGUGGAUGCCGUGUGUACUGACCUGCACUUCCAGGAGAAACGGGCUGGGGUCUUCCACCUCCAGGCCACCAGCGGCCCUUAUGGCCUGACCUUCUCAGAGGCCGAGGCAGCGUGUGAGGCCCAGGGAGCUGUCCUGGCUUCUCUCCCUCAGCUCUCUGCUGCCCAGCAGCUUGGCUUCCACAUGUGUCUUGUGGGCUGGCUGGCCAAUGGCUCAGCUGCCCACCCCGUCGUUUUCCGUGCGGCGGACUGCGGUGACGGCAAGGUGGGCAUAGUCAGCCUGGGCGCCCGUCAGAACCUUUCGGAGCGCUGGGACGCCUACUGUUAUCGCAUACAAGACGUGGAGUGCCAGUGCCGCGAUGGCUUUGUGGGCGAUGGGACCAGCAUGUGCAACGGGAAGCUGCUUGACAUACUGGCUGCCACUGCCAACUUCUCCACUUUCUACGAGAUGCUGUUGGACUAUGCCAAUGCCACCCAGCAAGGUCUUGACUUCCUGGACUUCCUAGAUGACGAGCUCACCUACAAGACACUCUUUGUCCCUGUCAACGAAGGCUUUGUGGACAACAUGACACUGAGUGGCCCAGACCUGGAGCUGCACGCCUCCAACACCACUUUCCUGAGUGCCAACGCCAGCCAGGGAACCUUGCUCCCUGCCCACUCGGGCCUCAGCCUCGUCAUUAGUGACUUGGGCCCUGGCAACAGUUCUCAGGCCCCUGUGGUCCCAGGGGCAGUGGUCGUUGGCGGUGUCAUCCAGUGGGACAUCAUAGCAGUCAACGGCAUCAUCCAUGCUCUGGCCAGCCCCCUCCUGGCACCUCCACAGCCUCGGGCAGCGCUGGCACAUGAGGCCCCACCCGUGGUGGCAAGCGUGGGGGCUGUGGUGGCCGCUGUAGCACUGCUUGGCCUGGUGGCCGGAGCGUUCUACCUCCAUGCCCGAGGCAAGACCACGGGCUUUGGCUUCUCCACCUUCCAGGCGGAAGACAACGCUGAUGAUGACUUUUCCCCGUGGCAGGAGGGGACCAGCCCAACCCUGGUCUCCGUUCCCAACCCUGUCUUUGGCAGCCCCGAUGCCUUUUGUGAGCCCUUUGAUGACUCGCUCCUAGAGGAGGACUUCCCCGACACGCAGAGGAUCCUGGAGGUCAAGUGAUGCGACUGGGGCUAAAACAGAGCCGUGUACAGGAAGGAGACGGACGGCCUUUAUUGCUUGUCUGGACAAAUGCCCGGAGUGGGCAGGGCAGGAGGGCUGGGGGCCUGACAUGGACAAUAAA